AUGAAGCCUUUUUAUUUAACCUUACUCUUCUUCGCCCUAAUGGCUGUCGCCUGCGCGGAACCUGCGCCGGGAAAACAUACGCCCUACUCAUAUCAUGCACCCAAAAAUGGCAAACAAGUGGCCUUUGCACGCGGACCAAAUAACAAACAGAAAACUCUGGUGGUACAGAUACGCAGUGAUCAGCCAGUUCCAUUGGUUUUGAAAGGACGCCCCAAUAUGGCCCACACUCAUGCACAUGCCCAUGCUCACACUCACGCUCAUGCACAUGUGCACCCUGGGUCACUGCAUCAUUUGGGUCACUCUCAUGUCCACCAUCACAUUAAUGCUGGAGCUACACAUCUAAGAGGACACCAGAGGCCAAUUAAACUGCAAGCCGCACAAACAUAUUUGAAAAAUCCUUCAUUCCAACGUAAACCUUUGAAAAUCAAAUUACAAAAUACAAAAACCAAAUUGACAGCUGUGCACAAACCAGCCACCAGUUAUGAUGUGCCCUUCAAAUACGAAAUACCAAAUACACAAUCGCAAGUGUACAGUGGUGAAUUGCAGCAAUUGCCGUUGGAUCAUCACUUUGAUUUUAUCUCCGAACACUUUGCUCCUAUUCACACAAUUCCUGCUCCCAAUUUAUCGAUACAAGAUAAUCAUUUGCAUCCAGAAGAAACCUAUUUGCCACCCUCUUCUCCCCAGCCACAAGUGUAUCAUCAACAGCAGAACAACUAUCAAGUGAAUGAGGAAAGCACCAACGAUCAAACCUUUGUUGAUCCCUUAUCAGGCUCCCAAAAACUUAUUGCUCCCGAUCCAGAUCCCUCACUACCAGCUGCUCCCGUACGCCCUGCCACCGAACCUUUCAAUACGCCCAGCAAUGGCAAACCUUUGCCCGUAGACAUACAAACCAAUCAUUUGUCAGUGGCCCAACCUUUAUUGCAAAUUGUAGGUGCUCAAGCUGGCCAACAAAUAUCACCAGAAAUCUAUCCCAUACAAUACACACAACAUUUUGCUGCCGCUCCCGUACCCAUUUACAAUCCCACCUACUUGGUGCAACAAUCGAACAAUCUCUAUAGCCAGCACCAACAACAAUUGUUUAAACCAGCCGUUGUGCCUGUAGUUGAAGCUGGCUAUGUGAAUGCCGAUUUGACCCAGCAGGUGGCCAGCAAUGGACAGAUUUUACAGGCUGCUCAAGAUCCUCGCAAUAACAUACAUCCCGUUUUGGAUGUGGCACCACAUUUUGCUCCCUUGAUCGCUGCUCCUUCUUUAGAUGAAGAACAGUCGAUUGAAACGGCUCCAUUCCAUUUGCAAAAUCUAGCCGGUCCACCUUCAGCCAUAACCGGAACAACCGAGGCAGGUUUUGUUGUGUCCAACUAUUAUGGCAACGGUCAUCAAGACUCGACACAGUUAUUGCAGGCCUAUGUUGAGGAAGAGCAAGCGGAAGCACAAAGACAACAAUAUGAGCACCAAUUACAACAUCAGCAGCAACAACAACACCAACAGCAGCAAUUAGAUUUACAGCAAUUGCAACAGCAACAAUUGGAAUACCAACAAUUGCAACAGUUCCACCAACAGCAGCAACAAUUCCAACAUCAACAGCAACACCAAUAUGUCACCCCACAACCCCAACAACAAGCUCUUGUACAACAGCAAAGACCCCAGCAACACAAUAAUGAUCCAGCAGCUGCUGCCUUUGAGGAACAUCAACGUUUAGUACAACAACAAUUAGGUGCUGAUACUCCACUAAGAAUUUUUGUGCCCGACGAAGAAGAAGCCCGCUUGCAAAAGCGUUCCGACAAUAUUGUCAAGGGCACCAUAGAAGAUGUGGAAAACACUAUUGGUGUGGAAGAUGAACAGCCCCAAGAUGAACUAUAUGAAGUCUCCUCCUCCGUUGAAGUCUCCAAUGAAGAUCAACAACAACAGCAAGAAGAACAGCAGCAACAAACUUCAUCAAAUGAAGUAGAAUAAAUUUAGACAAAUUUAUGUUUGCGAACUUUUUUAAACCAAAUCUUUUUUAUAACGAUAAUAUCGAAUUUAAUUUGUAGGAAAAUAAACUUAAUAUUACUAUUUAUUUAUUAAUUUAUAAAAAAAAUAAAAA